AUGAAACAACAACAACCUAUUGCCAGCGACGACCAAGUGCCAAAUACCAACAUUGAACCAAUCUUGGUCUUUUUAUUGAACUUCCUUUUCCUUGGUCUUGGCCAUAUUGUUAUGGGACAAGCUGGAAAGGGUAUCACCUAUAUUGUCUUGAAUAUUUUCUUUUACUUCUUGAUUGUUGUUUUAAUGUUUGUUUUCAUUGGUAUUUGUGUUCUUCCAUUCUGGGUUAUUUGGUGGGUAAUGAUUCAAAUUGAUGGUGUUACUAUUGCCUCAAGAUUGAAAGAAGGAAAGGUUGUCAAGAAGGGAGAAUGUGCCAGUUCUAUUGCCAAACUUGGAGUUUCCAUCUUUGAAAAGACUGAAGUUUUCGUUCAAUAAACUUCUAUUAUAAUUAUGCAUAAAUCUUGAUCAUUUUAAUCCAAUGAUUCAGUUAUACAUAAAAAAUCAAAAUAUUAUUAAAUAA